GUAACAAGCAGGAAGGUGACGUGUUUUCGCUACGUGUCAGGAAGUUGUGUGUAGUCAACAUGGCGGCGCAGCAGGGAGAUGUUGAUGAACUCUUCGAUGUAAAAAACGCUUAUUACAUCGGCAGUUAUCAACAAUGUAUUAACGAGGCUCAGAAAGUGAAGCCGUCGUCACCAGAGAAGGAGACUGAACGGGACAUGUUUUUGUACAGAGCAUACAUUGCCCAGAGGAAAUAUGCUGUUGUCCUGGAUGACAUCAAGGCCAAUUCUCCACCUGAGCUUCAAGCUGUCAAAAUGUUUGCUGAGUAUCUGUCCAGUGAAAGCAAAAGGGAUGCUAUUGUUGCCGAUCUGGACAAGAAGAUGGCUAAAAGUGUGGAUGCCACCAACACCACAUUCCUCCUCAUGGCUGGCUCCAUCUACUAUCAUGAGUUGAACACUGAUGCUGCUCUCAGGACUCUGCACCAAGGAGAAAGCCUGGAGUGCAUGGCCAUGACCAUUCAGGUGUUGUUGAGUCUGGAUCGUGUUGAUCUGGCAAGGAAAGAGCUGAAGAAGAUGCAGGAGCAGGAUGAGGAUGCUACUCUAACCCAGCUGGCUACAGCCUGGGUUAAUAUUGCAGUGGGCGGAGAGAAGCUGCAGGAUGCCUACUACAUUUUCCAAGAGAUGUCAGACAAGUACUCAUCCACGCUGCUGCUUCUCAACGGGCAGGCAGCCUGUUACAUGGCUCAGAAUAAGUGGGAGGAGGCUGAGGGAGUCCUGCAGGAGGCACUUGAUAAGGACAGCAGCCACCCUGAGACGUUGAUCAACCUUAUAGUGCUGACUCAGCACCUGGGCAAAGCUCCUGAGGUGACCAAUCGGUACCUCUCUCAGCUGAAAGAUGCACACAGAGCCCACCCGUUCCUCAAGGACUAUUUAGCCAAGGAGAAUGAGUUUGACAGGCUAGUGUUGCAGUACGCUCCCACUGCUACAGCGUAAGACAUCUGCUUCAGCUGAGAUGCUUCAACAAUGGACAUAAGUUUAACACCACGAGGAUAACACUCUCUCUCUCUCUCUCUCUCUCUCUCUCUCUCUCUCUCACUCACAUACCUGUAUUUGUUUUGAUAUUUUUACUCGUAAGAAAAAUUUUACUUUGGCUGUAUUAUUUAAACAGACUAGAUGUCAUCAUUUCCCUUGGCAAUAGAUGAAACAUGUCUGCCCUGGUAACCAUUCUUUAUAAAUUUACAUUUCUCUUAUGGAAAUCAACACCUCUGUUUAAUGUAAGCAUUCCUUUGAAAUGGUAAUAAAUGUUUAAUACAUA